AAAAAAAAAAAAAAAAAUAAAAAAACCGAGGUUUGUCCGAGUGACAAGAACUCAACGGGUCAAUUUCAAUCUCCAUCUCUUCUUUUUCGCUCUAAAUAUUCCCAAAACUUUCCAGUUCUCAACCAGCAAACGAUGCUCCAAAGUCCAAACCAGCAGUUGAAAAUGGCUAAACAAAGGACAAUGGAAUUUGAUUCUUUCUCCUUUUCAUGGGUAAUUUCUCUUAAAGUUUCUCUUUUUUAAUCAAUUCCGAAUUCCCCAAAAAAUUUAAAUUGUUCUGUAAAAUUUAGAAUUUGUUCAUUUUCCCACACCCCAAUUGAUGAUUUGUGAAGAAUUAAAUGCCCAAUAUCGACACUAAUCAACUGCAAAUUAUUCGUAUACCUGGAGAUGGCAGUUGUUUGUUUCGAGCUGUGGUUCAGGGUUCCUGUCUUCUAAAAGGGAUGCUGACUCCAAGUGAGAGCCUUCAAAAGAAACUCGCAGAUGAACUUAGAGACAAGGUUGUGGAUGAAUUGAUCAAGAGACGCAAAGAUACUGAAUGGUAUCUGAAGGAUAAAUUUGACAGAUAUAUCUGUCAGAUGAGAAAAUCCUAUGUUUGGGGAGGAGAACCUGAGCUUCUCAUGGCCUCACAUGUUCUGAAGAUGCCCAUCACCGUCUACAUGCUUGAAAAGAAAUCCAGUAACCUUAAAAUUAUAGCAGAAUAUGGACAAGAGUAUGGUACGCAGAACUCAAUUUGCGUUCUUUACCAUGGGUAUGGCCAUUAUGAUGCAUUGAAGAGCAAUCCUUAAUGCAAUCGGUAUGAUAUCUUAUCUGUUUCAUCUUUUUGUUAAGAGUAGAAAAGAUGAUACAUACUUGUAUUUGGAGUUGCCAUUACUCAAACUAUCAUCUAGAAAGAAGUGCUUAAAAGUGUAUCCUUAAUUUAGAUAAUGUUCAAAGUGCCUUCAGAUUCAUUUCUUCA